CUUGCACAGCGAACGGAAUCAUUGAGGGAGGCACACGCGUUGAGGCUUGGAUUUCACGUCUUGCCAAGUGCAAUAUGCUUCUAAUCUGAAAGACUGCGCCUUGAAUCCUAUCAGAGAGUUGCUUCAUGCUUAUUAAAUUAAGGUAAAACAGAGGCGGUUGAAUAUCUUACCCGAGCUCUCUCACAUUUUAACAAGGACAAAGCCCACGCGUAAAACCUUGACAGGACACUGGGCAACAUUUUGAGUCUGAGAACAAUUGAAAUAGAAGGGGUUUUAUUCUAGAUUCUGGUUAACGAGGGGUGAAUUUUUGUUUCUUUAGGAACGGAAAAUCUGCAACGCAUCAAACGCGCACUGCCAAAGUGCACGUGGAUUUUUUUUUACACUGUAACAAGAAGGAACGUUGUAGCAAUUUCACAAUUGUGGAAAUUCAAAGCAACUAUUUUCAAGGGGUCCUACAAGUAUGUAUGAUUUCAACAUGUUUGUAGUACUAGAUUCCCAUCAUCUGGACCUCCGUUAGAAUUGUAGAGAUCUGUGCAGUGAAGUAGCCUAGUUUUGUGUGUGAGAACCUUUUUUCCCUUGGAAUAUUUCAAACACGCAUAUACCCUGGUAUGUUGAUGACACUCUUCCUUUACCAAUGAUGUCAAACCUCGGAUUUUAAGAAUUUCAGAGAAUGGUCAAUGAUCGAUGGACAAUCAUGAACAGUGUGUCAGAACUCGAAGAUGGACAACAGCAUAAAUCGCAGAGGAUGGGCUGUAGCUACUUCCUGUGCACCAUUCUGUUCUUUGUGGCUGUCCUCCUGGCCAUCAUGGCAACGGGUACCAUCCUACUCAUGAACCACUACCAAGCUCCACCCCCCGGCACCAACGACGGCCCCCCACUCAUCUCCACCAACCACGACGAGGGCAACGCCCUGGUGACAGUCGAGCGGGGCGAUGGUUCGCGCAUCAACAUCUUCAUCAACCCCAACUGCCCCGACUACAACAACAACUUAAUGCGGAUGGAGGCCGUGCAGACAUCGCUGCUCCAUUCGCUGACCGACCAUGACACGGACCUGAAGUCAGUGAAGGGCCAGGACCGAGCCCUGCUGGUGAAGCUGGCUGAGGAGGUGGCCAAGCUAUCGGGCCAUGCCAGCCAGCUUAAGUUGGAGUACGAAUCUCUGAGGCGAGGCCAGGGGAACCUGGGACAAGAGCUCAACACUCUGCAGACGGAGCAAGGUCGUCUUAUACAGCUGCUGUCCGAGAGCCAGAUCAACAUGGUGAAGGUGGUGAACUCCGUGAGUGAUACACUCAACUCCAUGCAGAAGGAGACGGGGAACCUGAAGAGCAAGCUGAAGGCAGACCUCCAGAGAGCACCUGUCCGUAGUACUCGGCCCAAAGGCUGCUCCAAUGGAUCUAGACCUCGGGACUGCAGUGAUAUCUUCACCAGUGGCCAGCGAGAGGAUGGGAUCUACUCUGUCUUUCCCACACACUACCCUGCUGGCUUCCAGGUCUUCUGUGACAUGACAACGGAUGGAGGAGGAUGGACGGUCAUUCAGCGCAGAGAGGAUGGCGCAGUGAACUUCUUCCGAGCAUGGGACGCAUACCGCAACGGCUUCGGCAAGAUUACUGGAGAGCACUGGCUUGGUUUGAAGAGGAUGCAUGCCCUGACCACCCAAGCCAACUACGAGCUGCGCAUUGACCUGGAGGACUUUGAGAACAGCACAGCCUUCGCCCAGUAUGGAGCUUUUGGAGUGGGACUGUUCUCCGUUGACCCGGAUGAAGAUGGAUACCCGCUGACUAUUGCUGAUUACUCAGGCACUGCAGGUGACUCAAUGCUCAAACACAACGGGAUGAAAUUCACCACCAAGGACCAAGAUAACGACCACUCGGAGAACAACUGUGCCUCCUUCUACCACGGUGCCUGGUGGUACCGCAACUGCCACACGUCCAACCUGAAUGGACAGUACCUGCGUGGGCCGCACACCUCCUACGCCGACGGCAUCGAGUGGUCCUCCUGGACGGGCUGGCAGUACUCCCUUAAAUUCACUGAGAUGAAGAUUAGAGCCACGACAGAGGAGAACAAAUGAGAGGGAACCGAUAGCACAAGAAACAGUAGAUGGAUGGACUUAGGCGUUAUUAAAGACACUCGACCUGCCGAAAAUUAGAAUAAGGACUCUGAACCUUAAUCUGCUCGUACUGUAACCCCUGUCCAAAAACAUUCUUAAUCCCCUCCAAACGUCGACCAUUUUGUGGUGUUGUGUUGAAACCUCCAAGGUUUUGUAACCUUUUGCAGCUUCUUGCUGAUCUGAUCAUGUUUCUAAGUAUUAUUUUAAAAAAAUAAUGCAGGCAAUGUCAGAACCACAGUAUUGUUGUGCUUUUAAAAGGAAAGCUGUGGAAUUUUGAAAUAUGAAAUGUUAGGAUUUUUCUCAUUCUCUUGAGUGAAAUUGAAUUGAAUGAAUUGAGUUUCCGACUAUUUAUUUGGGUUGUCCCAGCUGCUUGUAUGUACAGUUAACUUUGCAUCUGACAGCAGUCUGAGUUCUCCUAAGUGUUACGCAGGGGGUUCAGUGAACCACGCUCACGAGAUGAGGAACCCUGCUUGAGACCUGAAUACGUGUGAUAGGUCCCUGAGCUAACGCUCAGUCUUUAGCUCAGUAGGUUAACACUGUCUUGAGACACGCAAGAGACACAGGUUUGAACCCCAGUCAGUUACAUGAUCUUGUGGUUUACCCCUAGCUCCUUUUUGACCCCUAGACAUACCUUGUACAGAUCAUGUGUCAGUGAAGUGCCCCAGUAAGACACAUUCAUGACAAAGCAUUAUAUCGGUCAGACAGGGGUUUUAAAGCCAACCCAAUCACUUCACAAAAGGCAGCCUUGCCUUUUUACAUAACAUUUACAAAUACAAUGAUCCCACAAGAGUGGCUUUGAGCAACAUGCAUGUGUGACCUGUUACAAUGAAAGUAGAGAGAAUGAAGAGAAUACGUGAAAGAGCUGGGCCAGCGGUGUGCCAAUUAUAAUCAGAGGCCUGGAUCUGUGUAGCCUUCCAGUUGUUGGGGGAAACCUCAGACAGUAGGUUCUAACCUAUAAAUUCAUCUCCUCUGAGAACCAAUUCUAUUCACUGAUAUGCUAUCUUAACUCAACUCAAAUUAGUCCUUUCAAUAUACUGGAUUUUGCUUACUCCUGAAGCCUUCUAGUCUGUCAUCUUCAGUGUGUGUACAGGAGAUGAUUGAUAAAGUCAGGCAAACGGUGUUCUUUACUCAGUCAGAGUACCAAAAAUUGAGAUUCCCUUAUGGGCAACCAAAGUUUUAAAAAAUACGAAAACAUUGUGACAUAACACAACAACGGCUGGUAAUUCAUUCCCUGCAAAAAGCAGCCUUUUCAUCUGCCCAGAUGUUGAAUGACAUUGUGUCACUGGUACAGUAUGAGUGUAUGUCUUUCUCAUUAUUUACAGUGAUAUGAUAUAGUGUUCGAUACCUUGGAGGCAGCAGACAGUUGUACAUCUGUGUAGUUUCCAGACCUGGGUUCAAAUACAUUUGUAUCUGCUAUUAAAAAUGCUUUUUAUUGUGUAUUUGAGAAUUUUUAAAUAUACAGCCCAAAACAAUGACUUUUAUUUGAGUAUUUGAAUGUUUAUUUUAAAAAAUUUAACAAAUAAAGUCUAUCAAAUUUUA